CCAGUCUUCCUCUGCAUUCUAACAUACCAAUAUGGCGUUUGUAUCCGAUUACUCUUGAGAGAAUACUCAACAAGCAAAUACUUGAAAUUUCAUCGUAUUAUUUAAAACACAGGCAUCACAGGCUGAUCACAGUGUGGACUUGUUGCUUGCUUGAGUUAAUAUUCGGUUGUCUUCUCUUCCACCUGUUUCAAGUUACGUGCAGAGAAAGUAAGCUUAAGGAUUACUCAUGAGCGAAGCUCUUUUUGGAAUUACACGUAAAACCUCUAACAGGUUUUAAUUGUCUUGACAUUUCACGGUUGGGGAGUUCAUUUAAGAUUUGGUGCCGAAGCUUGACACCUGUUGAAUGUGCAUUAUAAACCUUUCAACUGCCGUGUAACAAAGUGAAAACCAUAAGGAAAACGGCUAUAUCCACCACGUCUUAUGAAGCAAAAGAUCAGCCGUGACAUGAGAGGGUAAAGGACAAUUUUUGAAAAACAUCGUAACCCGAUACAGAUAACAUGGAUCAUGAGGAACAUCUGGUUUAUAUCAAGUUGCGGUGAAAGGGUGUCUUUAAUGGGAUUGCCGAGUAUUCCAAAGGCUAAAGAAAGACUAACGGACCCUGCAUGAAUUGAGUGCACCAUUAGCUCUAACAUUAUUUGAACUUUUAAACGGAGGUUGAAACUUAUUGCCAUAAUUCAAGGUCAGUCAAGAAGAGAAUUUAUCAGACUUGUUUCCUAGCCACUGGAAGUAGGCUUGGUCUUUGAAUUUACUCUGUUAGAUCGAGACGUCGAAUCCAAUCAGUAAAUUUGCUUUCGGAAUGUUUGCUUAAAUGCCAUGGCUACGGAAGAUUUCCAAGAUAUUCUAGAGCGCCUUUACUAUGACAGACGGCUACUAUCUGCAUUGGUUUUUGAGCCUCUUCAAGAAAUCAAAGAUUUUGUGGCUCGAAAUUUGAGGUCGGAUGAAAUACCUCGCAUUGCUGGAUUGCUUGGUAAUGCUAUUCGGAGUGACACCUUGAGAACUAUUACCGACGGGGAGGCUUUAAUUGCUGUUCUUAAUCUGUACUACGGCAAAGAUAAUUUGCGAGUUUUACAGCGGCUGUUGAGGAAGAUCAAUUGUCACGAUCUUCUCGAAAUUUUGAGUGAAUGGGAUGUGAGAAGCAAUCCGGUUAAUUCACGAGUUUUUCGAGGUAUGUCAUGAUGAUUUAUAUCUUUUCCUUGUUUGUUUUCUUUUGACCUUCUAGCUUGUUCUUAUCGGUUUAAAAUCGCCUUAAUUCGGGGAAAAUUAAAUGUUAUCGAAGGAUUACGUCUGUUAUUCAAGCUUUACUGUUUUUGUGGGUAUGCAAAACACAUGAUACAAGUAUGUGCAGACCUCAUGCGGCGAUUUAUGCCUGUGGGCAGUUUAAAGCAGUCUUGAUCCUUGCAGGACAAAAACUUGAUGCUUUUCCCACGAAAUACUAAAUUAUGUAAAGAAAUACUGGUGUCUGCUUUGUUCCCCAGGGCUAUUUUGUUUGUCCCCUGGGAGAGAUAUUAGAGUUGAAAAAAUCAUAGACAACAGCACAGGUUAUGCUAAAUGGAUUUGUUGUGGUUCAAUUUUAUCCCUGGUUUAAUCCUUUGUUUGAGACUCAUUACCACACAUUACUAUACCCUAAAACAAAGGAAAAUAAUAUUCACACCAGAAAUAAAUACAUACAUACAUACAUAAUUUAUUGAACAGUCUAGUACAAAAGACAGCCAAGGGCUGACUUGGAUCUUAUUUUUAAUAUUAUACAUUACAUGAAAAGUUAAGAUUCCUAGAUGGUAGAUAAACAUAUCAUUGCUCAUAAAAAAGUUAGUCCAUAUACAGUUUAAUAUAUUAUAAGUAAUAACAGCAUACAAUUGACACAAGUCUGUUUCAUGACCUGACUAAUUUGAUCUUCAUUACAUUUCUCCUAAGCAACAUUAUUAAAUCUGUUAAGAAAGUCAAUUUCCUCAUUUGACUAUAGUGUUCCCGUAUAAUUUCUGGUCCCAGGCUAAACAAAUUGUCCUUUGAAAACAAAGUUUGAAAAUAAAGUUCUGUCAUCAUGAUUUUCGAAAUUUGCAAUUGUUGGAUACACAUGUAGUUCUACUUGCCAAGAACUUUCUUUUAAACAAAUUUCAGCAAAGUUUAUUUUUGUGUAGACUUACAGAGCAAAAAAGACUUUUUUGUUACAGGUGAAAUGCCACAAAAAUUCUAUUUUCUUUGUUUUGUUGAAAUGAAAAUCAGGCCAAGUUGAGCAUGCAUUUUCAGGUUCAAGUCAGUAACCUGUGAACCAAUUGUGCUGAAAUUUGACCAACUUACUGUCAUGUACAGUAGUUGUUCUAAAGAACUGUGCCUGCAAAGUUUGAUUUGUUUUCUCAUUUUUGAGUAUUUUUUCACAGACAUAUGUUAUCCUUAUCUUCAUCUGCUCACAACAAAAGAACAAUAUUAUUGCAAUAGACAAAAUCUGAAAAUUAUGCAUUUUUGUAGUCAAAGGUGUCAAGAUAUGAAUUCUAUCUUAACCAAUUUCUGCUGUUUGUUUAAGGCUGGCCUGGACUCAAAUUUACAGAUACUUCUAGUUUUGCAAAAAGCAGUUCAUUUCUGAAACAUGUAAACAUGCACGUGUUGGAUUUUUUAAAGAAAUUAGCUGUUAUCUGGAAUUAUUAAACUUUCAAAAAAUGUAUGUUUUUAGGGGUAUUUAUUGAAACUACAAUCACUCUUGGGUGAUACUAACCUGUGAGCAAACUCUCCAGGACGUUCUUGCAGCAGGGCAAAAAAGGAGGGAGAGGCAGGCAUGCAGUCAUGUCUCAGGAAUUUGACUUUUGCCUUCGGUUCCCCCCAUAUAGAGGCAGCAUGGCCCAGUGGUCUGACAACAGCCACUUGACUUGUGCUCUGCAGGCCAUUAAUUUGCUGGAUUUGUUCUUGGUUGUCUUGAUUAAUGCUUGUCAAUAGCUGAUUGGAGUCCUGCCUGACAGUUGGGGUUUUUAAUCCUUUUGUCUUUUAUUUGAAUUAUUUGUUUCUAAUUAUUUGAGUGGAGUGUCUGUAAACUAGCUGGAUAAGAUAAGUACACUUUUCCAAUACAACAAACCAUAAACCUUGAAACGUUGUGCUUCCCUGUUGACUAAGCUCUCAGAUUUUGGCCAGUCAGUGUGGAAAAGAAAUGAGUAGGGAAUGUAAACAAACAUGGAAAAAGCACAUGAAAAAUGAAUUUCCCAGGAACAAACAAAGCCAGCUCAGAAAGUAAAGUCACAGUGAAGAGAUGGAGGACUAGAAAGUUAUUGAGUUUUUGUUUUCAUAAUCAGGUUGUUGGGGUUAUUGUUGCAUUGACAUAAUAUAAUUAUUGUGCAAGUUUUGUGGCAUAACUUGAACUCAGAGUGUAGUUCCUCUGAAAGUGUAUUGAAACAAAGAAGUCAAAAACAACUAAAUGUGUAUCUCCUUCCUUUAAAAUGGGAAGGGCAACAAGCUGAACAGAUGUACACUGAACUGAAUUGUCUGUUGCAUAAGAUGAUAAAAUAAAAAAUGAAAUAAAAAACUCUACCAAGAGCCCUUCUCUGUCCUGCUUCAAAGAGGCUAUAGCAACUAGCAAAUAACCCACCCAUAGUGCAAGCUUCAAAGGGUAAAAUCUCUGAAAGGGAUCAUCCCAUAAGGGUAAUGUAAAAGGACAUUUCUAAAGGUUUCACGGCAAUGAAGGUGUCUGGCCUGUUAGCCUGUGGGAGGACAGUAUAUCAUCGCCUUAUUGAAAACAACCAAACAGCAUUUUGCAUCUCAUUCUGGGAAGCAGAUGUUCAAAUUUAUGAGACAAAAAUGCAAGCUCUCCUGUUUGUUUCCCUUUAGAUCAUUUCUAUAUAAUUCUACCCUUGAUAACUUGAACCAUGUUUUAGGUGUGUGACAAGUCGAAAAAAGAAAAAAAAACAGUGCAGUUACUGAAACAUUGAAUUUAUUUCAAAACAACCCUCUCAAUUCUUUGACUUUACUUUUUUUGUCACUCCACUUCAAACUUAAUGUUUAUCAGAGUAUAUUAAUCAACCCUUGUCACCUAAUUUCUUUUUCGAUGCCCUCGAAGUGAAUUGUGGAUGAUACUUGCAUUCCCUCUCCAUCCAUUUGCUUAUCUCCUUACUCCUGGUUAUUUGCUUCGAGCUCCCGACAACUUAAACUCCCGUUAACUUGCACUUUUUUCUAUUUCCCUUGAAGGUUCGAGUUAGCGGGAGUCAACUGGAUUUUUUUUAAAAAUUACUAUUAUUAUUACAAGUGAAUUGUAAAAGUAAAUUGUAAUUAUUUCACACUAUAUAAAGCUUUGCAUUUAAAACUUAAAAUAAUUUGAUCAAAAAGGGUUAACUUGUUUGUCUGUCUUUGCUGCCGCAUACUUAUACGACGAAGUCACGGUUCGAGGUUGUCCGCUACAGUGAAAAGUGAUUCCAUUUGCUUUUAUUGAAAUGGGAUGGAUGGAAAUUGAUCGCUCUUUUGUAUAUACAAAUUGUAUCAAAGAGAAAGUAAAAUAAACUGUUUCAGCUGAUUCUUAAGUCGUGACACAAGCUGAUUAAUAGAAUGGAUUUACAAAGAGAGAUACCAAUUGCUCUUACUGCAAAGAAAACAACAACUUAAUAACAGCAUACAAACCGCUAAGCUGAAACUUCUGUCAUGUUAGGCACCUUUCAAACGUGGAAUUUCUUAAAGUGUAGACUGUGAAAAACAUUUGUUUCUCCUCGCUCUUCGUGGCUGGGGACGUUGCACGCAGAGGAACGUCUGCGACUCAGCGACAGAAAUUCCAUACUGAUGACGCAAAUCAAUGUUUACAUAAUAAAUCCGGUAGUCAUGGGUUCCAAAUAUAAAUUUGUCCAAUCUUACGUGUCUUCUGGUCGAUUUUGGUAAGUGUUGUGUUCAUCUGCCAACGAGCUCCAGCAAAUCUCAAAUGCUUCUUCUAGAGAAGACUAUAUUCCACAAACAUUGACUGUUUUGUUAGAGAUUCUUCGCGUUUACAUUUGACCUUUGUGGCCUUUUGUUUUUUGUCUGUCAUUUGUAAACAAUAGCUAAAACAAUGUAUCUACUCCAUUGACCAAUCAGCUCUUCUGACCGGAUUCUGUCCACAGAUUUUACGUCAUCAGUAUGGAAUUUCUGUCGCUGAGUCACAGACGUUCCUCCACGCGAAACGUCCCCAGUGGCAAAGAGCGAGCAGAAAUGGAUGUUUUUGCAGGCUAUUAGGAGUGCCGAACACCUAUUUUAGUUAGUGAAAUUAAAUACAGCAGUUGAUUCAGACGUGGGAUAUGAUGAUGCCGAAUUUAACUCCAUUUGUUGUAAAUAUUCCCAGUCUCUAGAAAAUUUUUUUAUCCAAUAUGGAUAAGGGUUUCUCUCAUUAAUGCGUUUUAUUUGGCACAUAUGAAAUGCGACCUCUAAAUCAAGCUGAAGCUAAGGGUGCUUUCCAAAAGUCAGAACUGACCGGCGGGACCAAUCAUUUUGACAAUGACAUAGGCUUUUACAAAGAGUUGUUUUUGAAAAACCAUCUACUUCGUGCUUGCUAUUUAGGAUUUGAAUGAUCUGGCUGGAUAGUCUUGAUUAAAAGUGAACUUCUAGUUACGACGAGAAUGGUUUGGGUGGUCAGUUCUGACAAAUGGAAAGCGCUCUAAGUCGAAUUUUUGACUGUUUCAGUCGCAGAUUUCGACAAAGUCAAAUUUAAUUUGAAACUGUUGAAACUGUUGAAUUUAGUUGAUUCAGAGGUCCCAUCUCAAAACAGUUACCUCUCGAAUUAAAUUAAGCACAUGUGAAAAUCGACGAUUGAGCUGGGUAAUGAUAACAGUACACUCUGAGACAUACCGCAUCUUUUAUAUUCCUGCAAACUGUGCUUUCAAUUUACCACAUUAUGUUAAGUCUAGCUAUAUGCACCACACAGGUAAAAAGGAGAGUAAAAAAUAGAUUUAAAAAAAGAGAAAAAAACAAAAGGUUAGGAAAAAUUUGCUUGAAGGGGUUUCGAACCCUCACCCUCAGAAUCAGUUAGAACUAUAAGUUAAUGCCUCUAUCCACUGGACCACCUAGGUAAAUGCUGACAGUUCGAGUUUAAGAGAGGUAUAUAUUCCUUCUCUAUGGUGUUGACAGUUUUCAAGAAUGACUUUCUCGCUUUUUUGAAAUUUCGGCGUAGAAUUAAAUCUUUAACUGAUCGAAGCUAGACGUAAAGCUCACAAUACACCCAUUAAUACUCUUUCAGGCUUGGUCCAUGUCAGGGACAGUUAAGAAAUUUAUGAACUAUCGAUCUUGCGCCUACCAACUGAACCAUAUGACUGCGUGAUUCGCUCGGCCUGCUCAUAAGGUGUCUUUUCAUUGGUCGGGGAAAACAUUAACACAACAUUGUUCAUCAUUAUUUCCAUUGUUUUAGGUUACAGUGGCAAAUCAUUUGGCUUUUAGGGUUAGAAGAGCUGCUACAUGACCUCUCUAUCCGGAAUGAAGAAAAACAAUAUGGCCGCCAGAUACUUCCUUUUAGUUUUUAAAGUUCUCCUCUAAUAUAUAGAUUUAGCCAGGGCUAAAAGCGAGGCUCCCAUUAGAAAAUUUAUAAUUUAAAUUAAACAAUAAACUUGUAUUCGAAUUCCACAAUUCAGUUAACUUUAGAGCACAUUUAUGUGACUUUUGAGGGAAAGGCUACCUGAUUUUAGAGAAAAAUAAUUUGCAAACAGCCCAAGAGUGAACCAAAUCUUACAUCGAGUUGAUAGCCUCAUAUGUACACUCAAAAACUGGUAAUCAUCUUUUAUCACAUAUAAGAGCCGUAAUGGCUAUUGAUCACCGUAGAUCAAUUAGGCUUAGAAAAAAAACCAGGCCAACGUUUUGGCGUUUGACAAGUUUACUUUGCAAAAUCUUGCCAACAAAUCUGGGUGCGUGUAAACCAACCUUUUAUACCGUGGACAGAAAGCAGUAUUUCACAAUACAAAUUGCUCUCAUUCAAUAUUCAUAAACUGUUAAAAAAAUUUUCCAAAAUCACCUAUACGGCCAUCCGGUUCUCACUUUUGUAGUGCGAGCUGUAGCGAGUGUUUGAAUGAACAUUAACAGAGUUACGCCCAAGAUAAUAAAGAAUUUAUCAUGUUUAUUUUUUAUUUGAUGGUUUAACGCGCAUUUUGAGAACUCCUGCAAGCGAUGUUCACUGAACGACUGAAAACAAUCGGCAUAGCGAUUAAAAUUGCAAGAGAGACUACUAACAAUCAAUAAAAGAAAUAUAAUUCGGUGAAACAUAAACAGAGACAACAAUUUUCAUUCAGGAAGACAAGUUUUCAAGUGUCCCUAAAUAUCCUGAAUCUUCAAGCUUCAAGCUUAAGUUUGCUGAAGUUUAUGUUUUAAGCCAGCUUCCCGGUGUUUGUUUUUUCAAAGACGAACUCGAGGCAAGAAAAUCGCUCAAAGCUUUCUUUUCCGGCUGGAAUUAUAACUAAAGAUUCUUUGGAACAUUUUCUUUCUACUUGCGGUGAGAAACUGUCUAAAGGCUUUUUAAAGUUCUGUAAGAUUAUAUUAAACCAGAUACUCGGUGAGAUCGUUGUCUCAAAUCUUACAAACGCGCAUAAACUAAAUUCCCGCACAAACUACGCUCCACUUCAUUAAAUUAGAUACAAAAAACAAACAUGAAAUACAAUAAUUUCUCUGGCUUACCAUUCGAGAUGCAGCUCCUGAAAGUUAUCAGGUAAAGCCAGUAUCGCUUCAGACUUUGCAAUCCUCUUACGCAUCAAGCAAGGUGAAAACGAAAACGAUGCCAUCCGAAAUCGGUUCCGACUUUGACAAGCGACGUUUUCUCAACCAAAAACCCAAUAAACAAACUAGCCAUGAGUAACAGAAGACUCCUGAUAGCAGCUGAAUUUCAUUUUGUACAUCCAGUGGAAAAAGACAGUUAAAAACAUCACAAGUUGACACAAAACUCCGUCAGCUUCAGCUGUUAAAGUAAACAAGAUUCAAGAUGCUGCAUAAAUUUUGCGCAUGAACUCACCUGUCAAAUUUUGACCAAUCAGAGCAUAAAAAUUGGACGUAGAGCGUGACCAACGCGUGACCAUUGUGAGAAAAAACAAAAGCAGCUGUCUUCCCUGCCUGUAACAGCUGGCUGAAUUUUCACGUCCGAGGUCAGUUUGCAAUCAAAAUUUUAAUUGUGCAGCACAUAAACACAACAUAUUUCAUAUGAAUUAAGAAAAAAUUGAACUUGAGCCUGCGAUCACUUGAAAACUAGUUUACUUGUCAGCGGAUAACUUCAAAAAUACUUGACCUCGACGGGUCGACACCUGAGCCCGCGAUACGGUCAAGUGAUACUGGUCAGCGGGUACUCUGUUUUGACAGCUGUCAAUUGAUCAAAACAUUGAUGUCCAAUAUGUGUGCAUUAUCAGUUUUCCUGUGCUCCCAAACUAGUAAAAGUAUGAGAUUGAACGUUGUUCGCGAUCUAGUAAAACAGUUAACUGGUCAGCGGACAGCUUCCAAAUAAAUCACGUCACCUCGAUGAGUUGACACAUGAGCCCGCGAUAUGGUCAUGGGAUACUGGUCAGUGGCUAUCCUGUUUGGACAGCUGUCAAUUGACCAUAUUGUUAAUGUCCUAUAUUAAAGAUGUGGACUUGCCAAGACACGCCUGAGACACCCCUCCCUUCCUUUUGAUAGUCUCCCCUACCCCACCCAUACAAUCUGUAGACGCGUACGUACGUACGUACGUACGCUCGGUCAAUCACGUGACAACCAAACGAAAAGAGGUUGACCAUAUUCCAUGGGUAUGGGGCUCUGUCCCACGCGCGCUUCGCGCGCGCGGGAGCCCCGCUAUUAACAUAUGUUGAACAUUUAUUUUGGCAAACAAACAGUUAAGUUGAAAAAGGAUUUUACAGAAGUCUCAAGAGUAGGUCUCCUUUCCAAUUUUUACUUGCAAUAUUGCUCAAGUUAUGACCAACAUUGGCUUGACAAUUUUCGUUUGGUUCUGCUUUGAAAAUGGAAUAAUAAUUGCUCAGAGACAAUACAGUGUUAAGAAUUGUUGAGAAAAACAGCAAAAACUUGCCAAUUUAUGACAAAAGAGGUACUUUAAAAAUGAACCAAAACAUUCAAAAUGCUUUGAUCACAUAACUGAUGAUGUCAUGUCCCCCUUUUGGUCAUUAAAAUAAAUUAUCAGGUAGAACAUUACUUUCCUGCAAAUUUUCUUUGCCGUGUGAUAAAAGGUUGACUCUCCACAGCCCUCGGCCUUGUCUCCCGACUUUUCGCUCAUGUUCAUUACCCCUUUAAAUUUUAAAUUCCGGACGUCAACUGGUUAUUUUGAAAUGCUCCACACGGCUAAAACCUCAAAUAUGCUAUUCAUUUUUAACUUGUUGAUGAAAUCUUGUCAUGUGACUGAUGACAUCAUGACCUUAGCUGUGACAUGCGAAGAUAUUUUAUCGCAAAUGUUAUCUUGUUGUGGUCUGACAGUCUUCUACAGAUAAAAUUGUCAAAGUUAUAAAGCCUUUUAAAAAAUUGCCUCAUAGGAUUCUGGGAGACUUUUUUAUGAUAAUUAUAAUUUACUUUUAUAACUACUAUCAUUAAAAUAUAUGUUACAGGUACAUGUAAAUGAAUUAGGGCUAGGAGACAAAGGAAAUUGAGAAUCAACCUAGGUUAAAAAAUUUUGACCUGUAAUAUUAACUUUUGUAUAGAAGUAAGUUUUGAAAUUCAAAUACAAUAUGUAGAUUUUCAGCCUUGAAAUGAACUUGUUUACUUUCAGAAUGUGGAUAUUUUCCAUUGUGGGUAAGGAUCAAGAACAGUUUUACUUGGUUUUCCGAAAACAAAAAGAGAAUCUUACAGACAAUAAGAAGGCUUUUCAGAAUCCCAGAAAUAUCUCCUGGUGAUCCUGAUUAUGAAACAGUCAUCUUCAUGGGAGUCUCCUUUGGUAAAACUGAUCUUCUUGUUUAUGUCUUGGUGCCACUGUAUUCACAUGAGUAUAUCCACACUAUGCUUGGAAGAAAUGAUAUAAGUUCUUUGUUACUACAGUCACAUAUAAGUGGUGUUUACUUUGGAAGGAAAACUGAACGAAAUGGGUUCAAUACUGAUCCAGCUGCAGUCACAAGCUUUACUUCUAUUAAUGAGUCUCUUCAAGGCGACCACACCAGGCAGCCAGAAAGUAAUGGAGAACUGCAUCCAACUCAAAUGAAUGGUCUCUAUAAUGGCUUAGAUCAGUCAGAAAGUCAGAAGUAUUUUCAUGAUGUUGAUCCAAAUCAAAGAGUAGGUACAGGUGGUCUAAAGGUUGUGCGAGCCAGCGUUGGUUACAUUGAUGCUACAAGCUCUGCUUCAAAAGCCAGUUUUAUAAGCAAUACAGUUUCAGAGCCAAUUAGGGUAGUGCGACCUAGAAUCAUGUAUCUUGAUCAUGGCAACUUGGCAAAAGUUGAUGUUGAGGAUUCCCCAAGGAUGAGAGACAUGCUUUAUGAAGAGACAGGCCACAAAAAUGUUGGGCGAACCGUUGAAAGUUCCAAUGUAAACACGUUGCAGGGGACACAGAAUAGGAGAGCUGAUGAUUUUCCUGAAGGUGAAGUUGAAAGUUUAAUCAUGCCAGAAGUAAAGAACAACAGGAAAGGGGAUUGGAAAAUUCCUGAUCUGCUGUCUCAUAAAGCAAAUGAGCAACACACAAUCAGUGGAAAUUAUUAUUCAGAAAAUAUGGAAUGGAAAGACUAUGGAAAAAGUGAUAAGAAUGAACACAGAACAUCAGUCUUUUCAGAAGACAAAAAUAAUGAUGAUUGUUCCAAGGAGUGGCCAUCUUAUACUUCACCUGAAAAUGUACUUCCUGGAACAUCAGAUGCAGCAAAGAGUUCUUUUUUGACAGAAUCAGAUGUUAAAAAGAUGUACACUUCAACUGCUACACUUCAAGUCAAUAUGAGAAACAAAAACACUAUCCUCAAAGAUCAACCAAUGAUGGUAAAUGAUAGGAUCUACAGAUCUAAAGCAGAGGCUUCAAUAUAUGAGAGUAAACCAAAUGAAAGCCAUGUCAGCUCUUCCAGACACUGCACAGCUGAGAGUGGUGAGUGGUACGUCAAUGAUUCUGCUUUGGAUGACUAUGAAAGGCAAAUGAUUCCAGAACCAGAACCUGAUGAGAAACAGUGGUUCAACCAAAAUGAUGCAUUCUAUCAACAUCAGAUGUCUCCUGAAGAAGAAUCACCAAAAACACCACUAGUUUCUCCACCAUCAGAGUUUCGUGACACAACUUCCACAGGAAGUAAACUUGUGAAGGUAACAACAAAGUUCCUGGAACAACCAGUGCGGCAGGCAUCAUUAAUAUCACCUACCAAUGAGAACAGAACAGACCGUGAUGAACAGGUGAGGCAGAUUCCCAUGGAGGCAGCUACUUCAAGCAAUGUAAGCAGAUCAGGCACGGUUCAGUAUGACCAAAACAGACUAGAACCAGUGUUUGUACAUCGGCGUCCAUUUUUGAUGAAAUCAGACAGUAAACUUGAAUCAGAAUAUGAAGACAGUGUGUUUACUGAUACAGAAAGCCAUGGAGAGAUCAUGACAGCUGCAUAUUCAAGGUUUGCUCCGCCACCAUAUCUACCACCCCCAGAGUACAAUGGAAAAGUAAACAGGUCAAAACUGUCAGAUGAAUCUGUUAGUUCAGGUAUUUCUAUUUUCUAUUUCUUUAGUAAAUUGUCCAAUGCCUUUACAAAGUACAGGUAUAUUGUUAUUAAUUUUUUCAUGCACUUCUUGUUUCAUGAACAUUUACAUGUAUGUGUCAGGGGUUUCAUUAAGAAGUGCAGUCGCAAGAGAAUUAUAGUGUAAAGUACAGGUGAAUAUUUUGAAAGAGUGAAGCCCUGUCCCGGAAAGAGCUUGAAAACGAGCCUGGAAAUUUUGCGUUUUAAACCCUGCUGAGAUGGCUUUUCCUAUUGUCUGAUAGCUGCCGAACCAAAAAAAGCUGCAUCUUGACCUCUACAUGGUUUCAAAACAUUUUUUCUUCAAAUUUACAGGCAUAUUGUUAAAUUAUGAUCAACUUCUAACCCUGUUACAUACUCCUAGAGUUGUGACAUGUGGCUGGCCAAACUUACCAAAGAGUGCAAAUGAAAUAAUUCUCAAUACAUUUUAACCUCAAUUCAGUAGCUAGGCCACUUCCGAGUUCAAAAUGAGGCCAAGUGCUCAUCCUUUCUUGUGAAAAUGAGCUUUAUUUGCAUGAGAGUAAAAUUUAUUUCCAUAUCAAAGGCUGAGCACUUAACCUCGUUUUGAUACAGAGGCCCUGGGGGAACUCGGAAAUGGCCUUUAUAUUUAGAUGUUUUCAAUAGUGAAAGCACGAGACGUGAGAAACUUUUCCCGCCUCUGUCGGCAACACAUGUGCUUGCGCUAGACAAAACACAUUUAAACAAAUACGCUCUCAGUGCAAAAACUUUGUGUGUCCAGUUUCAUGGAUAUUGCCAAAGUUGGUUUAGUAGCAGCUCACAAUUAAGAAAUCAUUCUUUUUAUUCAUUAAGAUACUUAAUGAAUAAAUGAAUGGUACUUGAUUCUUGUCGCUUAAACUUUCUUGUCUUAACUUUGCCACUAUGAUUUGUUUAUUAUGUACUUUAUUUUGUUUCACAUUUUGUUUCAUAAGUAAUUAUUCGUUCAAUAAUUUUUCGCGUGCAAAUAAAAAAAUCGUCGAGCAUACAGUCAUGCUUCAGCAAACCGUCCAAUAUUUUUAAUAAUUAUUUAGUUUUUUCUGGGCUUAACACGGCUAGCAAAAAUAAGGUCUUUUAUGUAUUUUUUAUUUAUUUAGGAAUGUAAAGCAAGUGGCGAAGCGCUAAAAUUUUAUGCAUUUCUGGGACUAAUUUCUCUUUACAUAAUGUGUCCACAUCUGAUUCAUCUGAAUAAAAAAUAGCCAUACUUCUUUCAAAUUUAGCCAGAAAAUUAUAUGUAGUAGACAGAGAAUUCUCUGAUCUCCAUUGCUUAAUGAAACCCCUGAUGUGUUCAUGCACAACUGCAAGUUCCACGUCCGAAAACAGGUUGACAUAUUAUGAUGACGAGACCUGAUGUUCCCAGUAAAUAAAAGUUGAUCAUUGGAAGCAAUCAAUCGAUACUAAUUAUUCAUUGAUUGUAAUUAAAUGUAGUUAUUACAUUUGAAUACGAGUGUCUAUGCCAUAUUGAGUGAGGCAGUGACAUAUUUUGCAUGAUUACGGGGGUGCCAACAAAAACUAAAAAACUUUGCCCCACUUCAGGUGUCCACGGCUAAAAGUUAAGCAAUUUAGAGAGCUUGCCUUGUGAGUAUGGAUUAACAUAAACUAAUUACACCAAUCAAUGAAUAAUUAUUGAUUGAUUGCUUUCCAAUUAUUUGUUUGCCCCAAGUAACAGGGCCAAUAUUAAGUCACAGGCCAAUUAAAUGUCUAUCAAAAACCACAUACUUGCAAAACUAUUUUGUUGCAGCAGUCACAUUGUUAUUUACUUGUUAUACCAGAUUUAUGAUUUUAUUUGCAACAUAAUCAUACAAUGAUUUCCACUCAUUCACUGCACAGAUUAGCAGUUGUUGCAUAUCUUAUUUUACAUUGUAUUUCCAGAUACCUCAGAUCAUAUGUUUAAAAGUCAUCUUCUAUCUGCUGCAAGUGUCAGCUCAAUCUAUAGAGAGGUUAGUACACUACUUUCAUUCAGUAGCUGUUUAAGUUCACCCUAUUGUACAGGGGAAGAUUUUCUCAUUGACAAGACUGCAUUUUGUUCAGACUGUCUCAAAAUUAAGUCCUUGCAUUUUUCUCUGAACCUCAGAAAGAGAUGUUUUUGAGCCGUGAUGAACUUCAGAUGAGCAUACGUGGAGCUGAGGACAAGGAAGUUGAAAGACAGGUCUGAGUUUUAUAAGUUUGGUUUAUAUGGCUAAGUCUGUUUUUAAUUAGUCAGUUUACAGUCCAGAACUUUCAGUAUCAACCAAAAUUAAAGGCAAAUGCUAAUUUUGCCUCUCUUAAUCUGUUUAUCUUGGAAAAAAAAUACAAAGAGAGCUAUCAAAUGUAAGCCUUCAGGCCCAUAGCCAGCAUUUUGUACGGGCAGGUGCGAUCCAAAGGGGAGAUGGCCCGAACCAGGCCAGGUAGCUUAAGUCUCUAGGGGUGGGGGAUAGGGCACUGGACACUGCAUUUCGAGUGUUUUGAAAAAUACGGGAAUUUCGCAAAUUUAUUAAACUUUAAAAGUGAUUUUUUUUCAAAGAGACUACUGUAUUUUGAAAUUUUGUAAUGAGGAAAAAGAAAGUUGUAAAUUUGUAUUAUUCUCCAGUUUUGCUGCAUGAUCUUUGCAUCAUCAUAGUUUUUGAAUAGUGUGCCAAGCACAAGCAUACUUGGGUGCUUCUUAGAAACAGAUCAAUGUAUGUUAGAUAGUGGAUGUGCUUAAAAGCCAGGGAAGAGAGCCUCUCUUGUGCUGGGAAUUCUGCUUCUUGGCCACAGAAAACGGUAUAUAGUUUAAAUUGUUCUCAAAGACAAAGGGCGACACAAAAAGGAACAAUGUGUUCCUUCAUGUCUUUCAAGCACAAGGAACCUUAACCUCACUACUUUGUUAAGGGUAUGACUUUAUGUUGUUACAGAUGGAACUUUGUAAAGAACUCAUGGUAGCUGCCAAGACAGGGGAUGAGAAUGAGCUGAAAAGAACUAUUGAAGAAGGAGUUGAUGUCAACUAUCAAAAUGAGGUAUUGAUAUGGAAAGACAUAUUAAAAACAUUAAUUUAUUAACAAGAUCUGUAAAUGAUGCACUAGAAAUGUGUCUCACAAACCCCCAACAAAAGUCAGUGUUACACUUAAGUUAAGCCCUGCUGGAUGGGGUUAGGAACUGGUUGGGCAACCAUCCACGAAUAUCCUGUGUUGAGGACCACUUUUUUUGUUUUAUUGUCCUAUUUGAUUCUUAAAUGGGUAUUGUAAUGUAUAUAUAACAAUUAUUCACCAAAGUGGAGGUGGCUAGCCACUACUAGCCACCAAAACUGAGGUGAAUAAUUGUUUUAGUAUAUACUAAAACAGUGAGAUAAUUGAGCACAAAAUGAUGAUUUUUAACUCAUUUACUGUUGCCAAUGAUUACAACUUUGCAGAAUUUUGGUGCGCGAUGACCGAACGGCCGCGGUCGUCCCUUUUUAUUAGCGACAAAUAAAACUUUUGAAGGCGUUUGUUUAGCUGUUGCGGGGAAGUUUCUUCAAAAGGAGUUGUGAAUUCUAUUUGUAUUUAAAAUAAUUCUGUAAAAAAGAUUAUUAAAUUUAGUUUUAAGCUUAUUUAUGAACAAGUCAACUAAAUAAAGUAACGCAAGUGAAUAGUGCAGGUAAUUCACUGAUUGAGUAGCCAAUCAGUGCGCGCGAAAAACACUAUCCACUGUUUUAGUAUGUACUAAAAAGCAUUAUUUUGGUCACUGGAUGAAAAACAAACAAACAAGCCAAAAUGUGGCAAGUUUACUUGGAAAUUCAUCUCAUGAGGACUAUUGCUGUAGUCUGUAAAAUUACUUUUUUGACUUGCCAAAAAAUCAAUUUGUGUUCAUGGAAAUCCAAGAAUGAUACUGCAAUUUUGCCAGGUAGUAACAAUACUACAGUCUAUGUACUUGUGUUUAGUUUAAUUUUUGGGUGGAGGCUAAGAUGAAAAUACGUAAAAUACGUAGAUAUUUGUGCACAAUAACAAAAUUGAAACAUGGGCAGAAGCCAACGACCUAAAAUGUUGAAUGUGACUUGUAGUUUGGUCAGUCAGCCAUGAUGGUUGCCAGCUGGGAAGGUCACCAUGGUAUUAUUGAGGCUUUGCUUAGUGCUGAUGCAGAUCCUAAUCUUCAAGAUGGGGUGAGUGGACUUAAUAUUGUAAUCACAGAAUAAGAACAAUUUAGAACAAUAUUGUUGGGGCAAGAAGCUAGUCAUGAUUUAACCAUCAUGGGUGAUAAAUUACUCCUUUUUCACACAUGAAAUUACAAAAUUGCUAUGGCAAAAUUAAUACAUGUAUAUUAUCUCAGUGUGAAAGUGGUUUCCAUGCUUAAAGAUGCCACUAUGGAUGAAGAUGUUAUGGAGUUAAGAGAAGCUGCAGAAAUGUAAAUAGGCAAAAUAGUACAAUGAAGAACAAUAAGACGGUUUCUAUUUUUUUUAAAAAAUAAUCUUGAAAACUGGGAACGUAAGCCAAAAUGCACAGUGUAUUCUAAACUUUUUGCGAUAUGUAAAUGCAAUUGUGAGUGGAAUAGGUAAUCACCUAGGAAUUUGACACAAUGCACGUCAAAUUUUUUCCUUACUACCUCUAAUAAAUUUACAAGUUUGAUUAUGAUUAUCUGAUAUAUAAUUUUAUUACAUUGUGUUACCUAAUAGUUUGGCAAGUCAGCACUGCAUGAAGCUGCAUUAAGUGGUCAUCAUACCAUUGUAAAUCGUCUGAUCUCCGGUGGGGCAAAGAUAAAUCUCACUGAUGAGGUUUGUACUUGAAAAGAUGUCAUUAUUACCUAUAAUCUGUUCAUGUUGUGCUUCAGCAGCAUGAUUUAAAAUAAAAAUAUCAUUCUAAUGAGGCCUUAAACUGCUGGUUUUUUUUAAAAAAUAGAAUUGAAGUCCAAGCUUUUGCUGAUCAAUGGCAUCAUCAGGGAUGCAUCAUUAUCCCUGAUGAUGCUGUUGAUCAGUGCAAGCUUGGAUUUCAGUUUUGUCUUUUAAAAACAGCAGUUUAAGGCCUCAUAGAACAAUAUUUUUAUUAUUAUUAUUACCUAUGUCAGUUGAAUGUUUAAAUACAGGGACAAUCUUUGUAAACACUGCAUGUGUUAAUACUGGAAUUACUGACUCAGGUCCACAGAAUUGUGAUGUCCCUGUCUUAUCUGGAAAAGUUUAAAAAAGAAAAAAAUAGUUUCCUUCAUUCAUUAUUAUUUUAAUCAAUCAGAACCCUGGGGCAGUGAACUAAGCCUUCAGCUUUCUCUAAAGGUAUUGCGAACAAGACAGACUUGCUGUUGCUGAGCUGUCCAACUGAUGUAAAGUUCUUUGCCACCAAUAAUCUUUUGUUAGUACAGUAAUUUUAUAUGUAUUACUCUUGCAAAACAUGUUCAUUUUGUAAUAUUGGAUGCUGCCUUUUAGUGUGAGUCUCACUUGAUUCAUUAUUUUAUUCUUGUUUGCAUUAUCAGUUAGAUGAACUGCAUUAAAAUAUGACACUUCAAUGAAUAAUAAUAAUUUAGAUUAAUGCAUGUAUGUUUGGUGAGAAGAAGCCAUUGGUAAAGAAAUAAAUGGCUGAUGCCAGUCAGGGCUGCAGCUGGUGCCUUAUUGAAACUCGGGGGUGGGAAUGGUGAAAUCUGAACAUGACUUGCAGUAGGGUUGCAGCUAGACCGCAUCAUUUAGCCUUGUUGUUAGAUUUGUAAAGAAGAGUCUAUUUCUCUUGAUGUUGAAGAGUGAGUCUAGAGGGCAAUGUUCUUUUACUGAACGGAAAAACCUAAUAAAUAUGUGUAAAUUGGACGCAUGUAAUUUUUCUCCUUUGCAAAGAUUGUAAGCAGAAUUGUUAGAUGCCCACAAGUGCACAUGCAUCAUCAGCAGCCAGCAGUAGACAAGACAUGCUAUCGCAUGAGUAAACCUUGUUCUUAUAGACUCCAGAUUUUUACAAGCACAAAAACCUCUGUAGGAAAUUUGUAAAAUCUGGAAGCAUUUUACAAGAAAACAUGUCCCGUGACCCCCUAUUUUUAUUGCUUUGAUAAAUUGUUAGAUUUCAAAGGAAACUUCAGAAGAAAAAAUGAGAAAAUGCUACAGAGGGAAAUUUCCACAACGCACAACUGUCCUAUUUUCCACUUUUCCAGAAGUCAUCAAAUUGUAAAGUCAAAAUAGCGAGGUUUUACUAAUCUUUUUUACACCAGGUUGAAGAUAAACAAAAAGUAAAUCUUUGUACAAGUUUUCAUUCCCGUAGCACGUUUCAUUUGGAAAAUACAGCAAUUUGAACUUCCGAGUUUUCACAUUGCGUGAAAAUAGGAAUGCUGUCUCGUUGAAAAAGACUCUUCUCUUGAUUUUCAGCAGUAUAACCAUUUCAAGUAUUCGAAGAUAUGUUUAUGCGCACAUAUGCUAGUUCUCGAGUGAAAAGAAAGAGCUUUUAUAGAAAAAGUGUUCUCCAGAUGUUUUUGUUGAUUUCCGGCGGAAAUAUUGGGGCACCAAAACGGUACACCAAUAUGGCGUCUCUGUACAAAGCUCUACAGAGGUGCGUGAAACGUUUCGGCAAAUAACUCAGACACUGUGGGCCACAAAGACCUGAGACUUGAACAAAUUGUUUAUAUAUUAGUCUUUUAUAACAUUUCAUUUUCUUGGCUUCCUCCACUGGACGGUUUCCAAUUAAUUUUUUUGUUGCGUGACAGUGAAGACGAUCUAUACUGUGCAUUUUGCUUUUCUAAUGCCAAAAUGUAUGGUCCAAAAAGGAAAGUUCAGUGGCUUAAUUUCUGGUCAUCAGUGAUGGAAGUAAAAAGUACGGCUAAAUAACUAUUACUUAAGGUGUGAUGUCAUGGUAAUUGCUAAUGACAAAAUAAGUUAGAGUUGUUUAACGUUAGGCAAGCAUUUAUUGUAUAAUCCAACUCUACAAAAGUGCUGACAUGGCUUUGACUUGCAUUUUUUGCUCUGUGUUUUUAAAGUUAAAACCAUAAAAAUAGAGGAAGACUGGUACGAGCCACCUUAAAACACAAACAGAAAUGAGACUGAGAGAGGCUCCCGAAAUGGCGUCUGAGAUUUUGUGUUAAAUUUUCCUUCUGAGACUGCGCACGAUUUUCGAGGAAGCAUUUACAAGUUCUACCCUGCAGACUUAUAUCUGUUACUACUUACUGUGUAUAAAGAUGUUUAUAACAGAGCUUAUCAUACCACUUUGUGGUGUAGUUUAUAUACAUCACCAUACCUUUGUGGAGAUUUGGUGGACAAGUGGUUAAAUGUAGAGUAGCUUUUGGGUUCAUUAUCUCACCAUAAAUUAUAUAUAUAUAUAUAUAUAUCCCUUUUUUUCUCUUUUACCAGUGAAAUUAACUGUGGCAGGUCUGUUAUUAUUAAGUGGUGAGAAAUCAUGUGAUAAUAUCUUAUGAUCAUCAUAUGAUCUGAAGUACCCUAUUGAUUAUUUUGGUGAUACAUCUUUGUUUUUGACGUAUCAAUCAAUAGUGAUAUUUUUUCAACUGUGUGUUUCCAAAACUAAUGAAUUGUAACGUAAAGCCUUCAUAUGACUUACACAUGUGUUAUUUUCAUGACAAACUGGUUGCUUUGCUAGGGGGAAUGAAACACAUUUGAUGAAGUGAAUUUACCACUGCAAAAAGAUUGAAAAGCCCUCUUCUGUCAGAGCUCCUGUUUGUACACUAUAACUAAUCAAUCAAGUUGUGUUUACAAUCAUUGAAUUUGUUUCAUGAAUUUUGAUCUCUUCCAGGAACACAGAACACCACUUCACUAUGCAGCUAUGAGAGGAAAGAGAAAAAUAGUUGAAGUACUGGUUUUGUUUGGUGCAGAUGUAACACUUCUUACAAAGGUAAAACUUGUCAGGACAAAAGGGCAAUGUUUGAUAGCCUCAGAACGAACACCGUUAGGAUUCACAUGUAGCCUUACAGUCCUGCAUGUAUUUGAUGCACUUAUGAAGGCUUAUUCGACCACCCCUGGAGCCUGCAAGUAUCUCAUUUGGUUUCACGAUAGCUAGCUUAUACCUCCCCUCAUGCACAUCUCUCCUUUACAGGUAGUUCCGUUAGUCCCAAUAUACGAACACCUCCAUUACAGCCAAUUCUCUUGGUACCAGUAUACAGACGCCUCUCCACUGAGGCCUGUUCUUCUGGUGCAAAUAAUUAUAUAGACACCUCUCCAUUACGGCCAGUUCUCCUGUUGCCAAUAUACAGACACCUCUCCAUUGUGGGCUGUUCUUCUGUUAGCGAUAUACAGACACCUCUCCAUUGUGGGCUGUUCUUCUGUUAGCGAUAUACAGACACCUCUCCAUUGUGGGCUGUUCUUCUGUUAGCGAUAUACAGACACCUCUCCAUUAUGGGCUGUUCUUCUGUUAGCGAUAUACAGACACCUCUCCAUUGUGGGCUGUUCUUCUGUUAGCGAUAUACAGACACCUCUCCCAUUGUGGGCUGUUCUUCUGUUAGCGGUAUAUAAACACCUCUCCAUUGUGGGCUGUUCUUCUGUUAGCGAUAUAUAGACACCUCUCCAUUGUGGGCUGUUCCUCUGUUAGCGAUAUACAGACACCUCUCCAUUGUGGGCUGUUCUCCUAGUCCCAAAUAUACUGACACCUCUCCAAUACGCCCAAUUCUUCUGGUGCCGAUGUAAAGGCACCUCUCCGUCACUCACUAUUCUGUUUGUCCCAAAACACAAACACCUCUCCAUUACUGCCGGUUCUCCUGGUGCCGAUAUACAGACACCUGUACGUUAUGGCCUUUUCUCUUAGUCCCAACACACAGACACGUUAUAGCUAGUUCUCUUGGUACCAAUAUGGAGACACUUGUCCAUUAAGACCUGUUCUCCUGGAGCCGAUAUACAGACAUCUAUCCAUUACAUCCAGGGCCCUGUUCCUGAAGGUAUUAUUAGCGCUAAUCCAGGAUUUAAAUUUUGUUCCGUUUUUGUAUUUUACCUUCCUUAGUAUUACUUAGGAUAACACUUUGUGUUAUCAUGACCGUAUCUUUGAAGGCUCAGCAGUAUUUUGUAAGCUCGAGUUACUUGUUCUUAGACAAGAAAACCUUGAUUAAAAUUUAUCGUAAUCCUGGGUUAAAUUUAACCACCUUUCGAGGAACCGGGCCCAGUUCCUUUAGUCUCAAUAAUUAUACCGACUUUCUCCAUUAAGGCCUGUUCUCCUGGGGGUGGGAGAUAUACCGGCGUCGGCUAUCCAGUACGGCUAGAAAUGGAUAUUCUCAGACACCUUUGCAGUCAGUUAGUUCGAUCACUUUUGCUGCUUGUAUGAAGGGAGAAUAACUUUACCAGCCAUGUUUCUUGAUCUACUCUCUAUACGAAAUGACGUUAUGUCCUCAAAAGUUUCAAAGAAAGAGAAAUCAAGAAACACAACACUCAUUGAUGAGAUUAACCGGUGAAACUUAACAACCUUACCUAGGUUCAAGUGUUUUUUUUUUUUUGUUAUAUGGUUAAACGUUUCGGCACUCUUAUUAUUUUGUGUUAUUAUAUAGACACCGAUGAAAUACCAGGAUUUAUCCAGUGACGAAAAUUUGGUAUCCAGUGAAGAUACAAUUUUUAUCCUUCACAUUUGAAGAUAUCACGGUUGUCAUGGCUACUUCAGUCUCAGCCAGUAGGAAAAGAGCAUCACAGCAUCUCGCCAUCGGUGUCUAUAUAGUAAACAGAAUAUUGCAUGCCCGCCUGUGGAUACGAAUUUUAUCUUCUCGUGUUCAACUCGAUAUGUCACGAGUGAGCGCAAUAUCGAGUUGAACACGAGGAGAUAAAAUUCGUAUCCACAAGCCGGCAUGUAAUAUCCUCUGUUUAUUAAGUAGCAAUUCCAUCGUUGUAACAACUAGGGGCGGUUUUAAUUUGUUCGAAGCCUUUUACCGCAGGGGAAAUCCAGGGUUAGUUAACUUUACUACAAGCAGAACAGAUAAGUUUUUAGGUAGUAACUAAAUCAAUCUAGAAUUGCGCUAAUCAUCUCUCGGGAAACCAACGCCAUUGUUCAUGUUGUUCACUUACGUUUCCCCAUCAUAUUAACACCCGUCUUAAGAGUGUCAUUGUUUUUUUUCUUUUUGUUGUUGUUCAGUAUAAUGAAUCUGCAAUUGAACUGGCCUACUCUUACCGCCAUGAUGAUAUUGUAGACUAUUUGAUGGCCUCAUCUCGUGAUAAGGUUAGUACCAUUUGAGUAUUUCCUAUACAAGGACAGUAACACCUUAUUUUCUACAGUGAUUUUUUGACACAACACAACAACGGCAACAAUUUUACCCACAGAAUCACAUUAGGGUUUUACCGUGUGGCUUGACUCCGUAAAUAGUUUUUUUUUAAUUUCAGUGUAUUCGCGGUUACUUUCAUUGUAUUUCCAGCUUGCUAAUGAACUACGUACUUACUAUAGAAAACUCGCAGAGAGAUGGAGAGUCAAAUAAGAAGACAGAAGUUAAAACAUCUAAGCUCUGCAACUUCUCUACCAAAUCUUUCAAAAGUAAGUUCUGUUCAAAGUAAGUUUGUUUGUCGGCGCCUGCCAUUACCUAGCGGUCACGUAAAUAUUGAUAUCCUUUUCCUGUUGCGUUACUCUAGAGUUUACAUGCAUGCUCUGAUCUUUUUCCGUCGCGCGCGUCUCUCCCGAGCCUACACGCACACUCACUUUCUUUUCCAUCUCCAUAUUAAUACUUGGCAAAGGUUUCCCAUCGCGCCCAGGUAAAUAAAAAAUAUCAAAUAAAAAGAAUCAAUGUAAUUAAAUAAAUAAAAUCUGUUCCCGAACAGUGCAUUAAAAAUGUCCAAAGUUUCUGUCUUCCUAAUAUCUAACGGUUGAGGGUUCCAAUCUUUGAUCGCUCUCUGGAAGAAACUGUUCGCGUUGAUGUUGCCCUUGGAACUUGGAUUUAUAAAAGAUGCUUAAAACCUUUAUCGCGUUUUGCUUGAUCUUAUGUGCAAGUUGGUCUCCCAUUUCUGUCACCUUUUCCUCGACCCUACACCCACACUGGUCUUCUUUUUCCGUCGCGUUUUGCCCGAGAUCUUUCAAACGUAAGUACCUGUUCUGUUCAAAGUGUUUGGUGGCGCUCUCGUACACAUCGAUUUCUUUUCCUGUUGCCAUUCUCCCUGAACCCUCACGCACAGUUGUAUCCUUUCUUUCGCGUUUCCCGCGAGCCUAAGCGUACACUGGUAAUGUAUCCUUUUUUCUGAAGCUUUUCCCCCAACUUACGCGCCUUUUCCUUUACGUUUUGUUUUUUCUUUCCGUUUUCCGUUUUCCGCGCUCACCGCGCAGACAUUGGGUCCCUUUUCCAAGUGGCUGUACGCUGUUUCAGAUCAACUUGAGAUUCUGUGUUAUCCUUUGUCGUCUAUUUAGGUGUCGUCAAUGAAAGAACUUUCCCGUUCCAGAAGCCGACCAGAUCUGCGCAAAAAGAAGUCUGUAUGCCCAAUUCAGUGAAGAGGGAUAGUGGUGUGCAGAGGUAGAUAGAUGUACUAAGAGAUUGGCUGGUACCUUCCGAUAGUGUUAAGCAAUUAAGAAAAACAGGAAUCAUUAUUGAGCAAACCGGGUUUAAUAUUGGCUGAAAAGUACUUUUUUAAAGCUGUACACGCCCACGCGAGUAAAUGCUGUUUUCAUUGAGACAAAUUCCUGUUUGUUCUUGUCCCAUUUGACUCAGUUUGGAGAGGAUAAACGAUGGUUCUACAGCAGAUGUGUGGAGUGGUUGUUUUUGUCCUCCCCUGCGAAAAAUUGAUCUCGUUACGUUAAAUGUAGCUUUCUUUAAACUGUGAAGAUAUGAUGAAGUUGACUGAGAUACACGAGGAUGUUGUAUGUGCAGGGUUGGGUGGAAAAGAUUAGGGAUUUUCUGCAGUGGUUUUACUUCUUUAUGUAUUCGUUUGGUUGGUGUUGGUGCCAUCGAAACGAAAGGUUUUAAGCUCUCUUUAUUGCUUAAACGAAUGAAAAAAACAGCUUAAAACUUAUGAAAGUAAGGAAUUUAACUGUCAAUGUCGUACUCAUUGUCGGACACCUUGUUAAUUGCUUUUCUAAAAGUAGAUAACUAGCUAGGCAUUUCUUAAAAUUGCUAUUUCUAUACAUGAAGGCUGAAAAGAUUAAUUAUAGGCUUUCAAUUAGUGCCAUUGAAAUGUAGAUUUUUUGCGAAGCUCUUCUAAGGAAUAUUGUCUAAGUUUAAGAUUUAGAUUUUGGCACCCAAGAUGUAAAUGUUUACAAAUCGUGUGUACGGAUUAGUCUCGUUAUGUUUAAUAAAAAGUAUUAAUGACACCUGGCCUUCUCAUAGUUU